AAUCAGAUGCGCCAGAAGCUAAAAACUGCUCUUCGCGUACCACCGGGACGAUUGGUGCAAAGUCUGAAGGUUGUCGGUGAUAGUUCACGUCGAUGCAAAUAUGUGCGCUGUUUUGUUGGCCAUCGAGACGGUAUAUGGCAUAUCACAGCCAGUCGAGGACCACAGCCUGUUUUGGCUAGCGCAUCAGCAGAUCAAACAUGUUUGCUGUGGUCAGUGGAUACUGGUUCGUGUUUGGCACAAUACCUGGGGCACAUGGGCUCAGUGAAUGGUGCUGCUUUUGGACCUACUGUAACAGCAGCAGCGGCAACCGAUCCCGCUGAAAGAACAAUCGCUACGGCUAGUGGUGAUCGAACAGCUCACAUUUGGAAAUUUACCAUUCCCGGUAUCUUUGUUUUACCAUAA